AAGACAAAUGGGCAUUAACAUACAAAUCUGCUGAAGAAAAACUUUCUGAUCCCGCCCCCCCUUUCUUGGUUUCCUUUGAAAAGCUUGUGGCUCAUCAAGUCAAAGGCUGUCACAGCUGUCUCUAUACAGCACCAAGAGGGAACACUUCUUCACAUGAGAACUAGCAACUGUACAAAAUCACUGCUGGGGGAGCCACUGUAGAAACGUUGCUAGAUCAGUUCUUUUCUGUGCUUAGGUGAGAUCAGGAAGGGGAUGGAUUUGUUAGUGCUGUGAUGCAGCUGCUUCUGUGAGAAGGUGCUGGUUGAAAUGGCAGGCUUCUGUUAGGUCAGAGCUUGCUGAUGUUUGCUGGUGUAACUGCUAAGGCCCUCUUGCAUGACUUCUUUUGUGGUGGUGGGGUAACUGGUGUGCCUUUGCAGAGUUGUCUUGUGUCCUUGGAGUCUUUUUUACGAUCCUUUGCUGUGCCUUCCUAGCUAUGCCAGAAGUACUGGAAAUGUGCAGGAUGCUCUUCACGUUCCCUGCACUAGAAAUGUGUUUGAACAAUCUUGAUGCUUUUUCAAAGUUGCUUGGAAGAAGUGCAGGGCAAAAAUAUCUCUUGCGUUAAGGUGUUGCAUAUCUUUAUCUAUGAGGGUCCUUCAAUACCGAUGAGCGUUUCAGUUAUGCAUCGUCAUAACCACCAGUGGUGCAGUUCAGCUUUACUUGGGGUUGUACUGUAAAUCUGACAGUGGCUCAGUGUCCUGAAACAUUUUUCUUUUUCUCUGGUGCCUUAUUCCACAUCUCACAUCCCCAGUGCAGCCCAUGAUGUUUUGCUAGAUAUGACAUGGUGGCUAUUCAGUGUGAUACAAAGCAAUAGAAAGCGGGUUAGCAGUAAUUUUUUUUUUAAUUUUUUUUUUUUACAUGUGCCAUCUGUAAAUGUACUCCGGACUUCUCCUUCCAUUUGUUCUUGCCCCUCUGGAAAAGCUAUUACUGUGCUCUAAGCAAGGUGUAAUUUGAAGCUAUUAUAGUCCUUGGUGAAUAUUUAUGGUUAGGGCAAUCUUUGUUUGCAAAGGUUUGUUGUUCCAAGCUGUGCAUAUAAUUGGAGAGAGAAAGAAGGAGGAAGAGCGGAGGCAGUCAUUUUGUUUGCUGUUGCAGCCGGUGGGGCUGGAAGGCAGCGUCCCCGUGUAGGUGUGCAGACCAGCGUCACACUUCCAGAUUACCCUUCUACUCUGCUGAACGCUUCUGAAAAAAAGUGUGGUGGGUACCUCAAGCAGGCGUAGGGUGCUGAGUGCCUGUCAAUACACAUCUCCAGACUGCAGCAGCAAGCCUUGCCUUGCUUUACUCUGCAAAGGAGGAAAACCCACCGUCUGCCCCGACUUUGUUUUGUCAGUGGUGAGAUGAUACCCAGUCCCUUCCGGCGCAGGGGCUGGGGCCAGCCCAGGCUGGUCUGUUGUGGCAGAACUGUCUGCCACCUGUGCCACCCACCACCCCGGGGAUCCUGAGAUCUUGGAAAACCAGCUGGGUGUUUGGCAGCUUACGUGCCGUCCUUGGGCAACUGUGCCAAUCCAGGCAGCAGCACACUACUCCAGCUUGUAGCUGUCAUCACCUGCGAGACAGCUUCAUUUAGACGUCAGAAGGGUGUGCAUCCAGUCAGCUCUUCCUAAAGAGGCAGUCUUGUCUCUCCUGCCACACUGAUGAGAAAUGAAACAAACCCUGCUGGAAGAACGCUUGGUAGUUCUCCAUCUUUUGCUAUGAAGAAAGCCAGAGCUUGAGAAGCUGAUCCAUUGGUUUCCCCAUGCAGAGAGAGAUGUAGAAUAGCAGCCGUGCAGUGAACUCCCUGUGGAAUACUGCAGAGUCCCUCCAAGCUAAUACUGUCUCCUGUUACACAUGCAUUAUGAAUACUUGCUUUGCCUUCAUUCCUUCAAAGCUGUGUGGUAUUUAAUUAGAAUUUGUUUAUGUUCUUCAUAGUGGGACCCAUUUUCUUCUCCCAUAACCUUAUUUUUGUGGCAGGGUUGUGUGCGGCAAUAGGAGGGCGUUGCACAGCUGGAGUGAGAAACCUACCUGACUUUGCAACAGAAGGUCGCCGGUGCCGUUACAAAGGUGUAGCUUCGGGCAGAAGCAAGUCACCCGCGUUUAACCAGCAGCUCUCUGCCGUUAAACCAUGGGAACCAGCUGCACACGCCCUUCGUGCACCUUUCUGCGGUAGGAACAAGCAGCUGCCUAAACAUCAGCCCACAUGCUUUGCCCUGCGGUUGGGGUCCCUGCUCCAGCCCCUCUGAAGCAUCUGCCGCAGCCGAGGGCACUGAAAUCUCCAGUGGGAUGAGCGCUGGUUCUCCAGCGGCGCCUGGGCUGGGUGCUCUCACCGCAGUGCUCAGCCGGCUGGGGCACACGGAGGCAGCUCCUCAGCGGUGCUGGUUAAACGGAGCCAGGUGACGGUAAAUAGCGUGCAGCGAGCAGCUCUGCGUUAACCUCACCGAUCUUGGGAGAGUAGAUGAGCCGGCAAGAUUGGAGGGUGUAGAAAUAUUUGCCCAAGCAGCUGCAGGGGCAAGAAUACUUAUGAAAAAAGCUUUUAUGUUUCAGUUAAAAGACGUCUAAAUGUCUUGCGUGCAAACAAAUCUGCAUGGUACAUAUUGCUGACCUGGAGUCUUAGGAUCCACAACGGAAGGUCCACAGCUAUCUUUACCACUUUCUGAAGUGCAGCGCAAUUCACGUUGUUAUUUAUUAGGAAAUAAAAAUAAUCCUUCAAGGCAGCAUUUUGAGAGGGUAAAACUUGAGAAUUCGUUAUGAGAAAUCUCACUACUGAAAGAUGGAUUUAUUCUUUUUUUUUUUUUUUUUUUUAAUAUGCCAAGCACAUUAAUGAGUGUCAGAGGUAAACUAGAAUGCUGAGACGAAGGGAAAUAGAGAAUAAAAUCUUUAAGCUGUACCUCUGCUUAUUUCAUGGUUAAGUUAUUUUGUAUUAGCCACGGAAAUUGCUGCUGUGUCUGUUUGGUGAGGAUGCAUGCAGACUGCUCAAUUAGCAAAGAAUCAGAAAGAAGUGACCUCGUGGCUGGCUUCUAAAGGCUCUUACUUGGUUUUUUUGUAAGCAGGAGACACUACAGUACAGCUUGCAAUCGAUCACCCACGUAGUUCUGGCAAUCAGUGCCACAGACAGGCUACACUGAUCCCUCUCUGCACACACCCACCCACCCACCCCAGUGUGCAUUUGCUUUUGGGGGUGAAAAAGUUUCCAAGUUGCCUGAGUUUGCUCAAGAUCUGCAGGUCAUGACAACUCACUGCUCUGCUGGGUUCUGCCUUAACCUGCUGGCAGGUGUCACUGCGGCAGGGUGCCAGGGCUCUGGUGAACAGCAUCCAUCUGAUUUGGCAAUAAAAAUCCUAUUUCUGUGAACAGAGAAGCAGGAAGAUGAGCAUUGCCCAGUACUUACCUCCUCAGACACAUAUGAAUAGUUCUUUUGCAGUUGGGUAUUGGCUUUACUGCAUGCUAAUUCUCUGGAGGAUUAGUUUUUUGGGGCUUUGGCAAGGGUCAGUUGAAUAAUGAAGAAAUGGAGAAACAAUCAGUCCUUUUUAGUUGUGCACAAACGGCUGUCACUGUCGCUGAGGCCCGACAAAGAGAUGCAGUGUUCCUGGAGAAUCACGCUUUGCGAGCAUGUAGCAGCAGAAAGUGUAGGUACCGGCACAGGCUCCCGGCGGUGACAGUUAAGCGCAGCCUGCACCCUUGCUUCUGAAGUCUCAUUGUCUCGCGUUUCAUCGUAUCGUCUCUUAACAUAUGGCUGUCAUGGGUAAUUGAGACUUAUCAUGAAAAUGGUUUUGGCAGAGCCUGGUUUCACACGUUCCCUGUUAAGCACCCAGGAGAGGCACGGGCUGCUGCUUCCUCCGAGCCGUUUUGCCACGGUGGUGGUGGAACUGUGGAGCUAGAACUGUGACACUUCUCCAUAGCUGCUAUUACAGUGCUCCAGAGCGUCCCAAACUUCUGCAAAUGCAGCAACUGCUUUUCUCAGAAUUCGGUGCUUGAUUUUCGGACACGUGUUUGGCACGUGCGGUAUUUUUCCUUUACGGAAUUGCUGCCAUCCGCGGAGGCAGCGGUGGCAAGUGACCCAGGAAAGGACUUGUGGUGCAGCGUCUCGUCUGGCAUCUGUAUUUGUGCAAAACUGUCAUUUACAGGAGCAUUCAUCAGUGCAGCUCGAUUACAGAGUUCUUCAACUGACUUGGUUGGAAUAAAUAGGCAAUAAAUUACAUGCUAGCAUAUUUAAAAGGAAUGUGUUGGAAUAGGUGCUCAAAAUACUAUUCCGUCAUAGACUUUUGCCAGCUGUUUAAAGUCAGCAAAAAUAUUGCUGUUUAUUUCAGUGGGAGUUCAAGCAGACCAAGAUGUAUUUUAAGAGAACUUGGGGACUUGUGCUUUUGGGAUAAUUUUCUGUUAAAAAGACACCCCUGCCAAUCCUGCAGGCUGCAGGGGGAGGGGAUGAUCAUAUUUUUCAUUUCUGCAUCUAUUUUUCUUGGAUGCAUCACAGCUGAGUGUUUGCGUGUGUUAUGUGGGGUAAGGAGUUGUGAGGCCAUAACCACAGCUGAGUCCGUGCCCCAGGCUGUGAGCACCAGCACCCCUCAAGGAGGGACCGGGUCAUGUGUUAAACCAGAAAGUUUAAUCUGUCUAAAAUAAACAAACUUGGCCCUAAAACUAGCUGAAACUAAACAAAAUUGUACCGGAAGUCUAAAGAAAUGCAGAAAUCUGUUCAUGUAGAAAAAUCUUUUUUCCAUUGGGCAAUUCCUGUUUUACCCUGGCAGAGUUUGUCCUUGGAACGUGAGGAGACGGUGUCAGCCUCUGGAAGGUCACACAAACGGGGAGCUGAAAUCCUCUGUGAGCAGAAUCGCCACCAUUUGCUUCUACCCUGAAAUUAACGCCAGCAGGGCAGUUUUCAAACACGCAGAGAAUUACCACAUGCUGCUGCAAUGGGCCUGCCUUGGACACUUCAAGAGAGGUGGCACAAAACUGAGUUGAGAAAUUUUUCUUUCACUGACAAUGGAACGGAAUAGGAGCCCACACAGAAUCCCUCCAAACACAUGGAUACGUACAGCACCGUGGUUUCAGGCGAGGGUAAAUACGUCUAUCAGCCCAUGACACCCGUAGAGCAGCUCCCCAGCACCGAAAUACCCAUUCGCCCUCGGGAGGCUACAAACACCAUCCAGAUCUCCGUCUCGCUCACCGAACACUUUUUGAAGUUCGCGCCCGUCUUCCAGCCCCCCCUGCCCCCUGACUCCCCGCAGUUCUGCACGAUCGCAGACCUCUUCAUUGACAAUUACCGCGUGAAAUGCAUCAACGGGAAGAUGUGCUAUGUGCAGAGGCAGCCUCCCCCUGUGCCCCACAAGGUAAAGCCCGAGGAAGUCCCCGUUCGCAAUGCCUUAAUCACAAAAGAGAGCAAUACGCCAAAACCAGAUCACUGCUCGUCCCCUUCCAGCUCCGAGGACUCCGGGAUCAAUGCGGUGGGGGUUCACUACAUGGAGUCGUGUGACGAGGACACAGAGGGGGUGGCUGAGCUCAGUUCAGAAGAAGAUUACAGCCCGGAUAGCAGCUGGGAGCCGGACGAGUGCCCGCUCUUGUCACCCUCGCAGUGCGAAAUGGAAGUGAUUGAGACUAUAGAAACCACUGUGUGACCCGACGUGUUGGUGUGAGAGCGGGCCACUUCCCACUCAGUAAUGUUGCUUUUGUAGUAUUUAUAUUUUCGGUUUUUUCUGACAAUCCCUUUUUUUCCAGUGCACUUGAUAUUUCAGAUUCCUCAUGGGAGUGUGGUCACAGGACUUGCAUACUGGUGACUAGCAGCAGCCUGAGCAAUUUUAACACGUUCUCAGCCUGAUCAGAUCUCCCACGUCUGCACAUAAGGUAGUGAUAAAUCUUCAGACUUUUAUAGCUGAAAUAGGCCCUUUCCUUGGUCUGGGUUACAUCAGAUCCUACUUCUCCUACGAGGACGUUCCACUCGAGGUGUUUCCACCUGUCAGGAUGUUUGCAGUGGGCCUCCAAAGCACAGCGGGGGAGCUGGUGCAGCAUGCCUGCGAGCAGCAAAACCAAGUUGCCCUUACUCUUUCUCAAACAGCCACGCGAGGUGCGGCAACAAGAGGCUCUUUCCGUCUCUGUCUGGCCCUGCGCGUUGUCCAUCCUCUUCUCCAGUGCUGGUGCGACCCUUCUCGGAGGCUGUCGCACCGCUCUUCCAGCGGGUUGGUAUGGCAGGCUAGAGAAUGCACAAAGUGCCUCCAACUUUUCUCCAGGCUAUGCACCGAGCAUCUGCUGAGUUAGAUCAGGCUCUGGAAUCUCCUGAGAAGGCAGCUGUUGCUCCGGAUGGGGGAUCAGUUGCCUGGAUCCAGCUGGUCCCUUUGCUCUACGUGGAUCUCGGGAAGGGGAUCUGGCUUUUGCAGCUUGGCAGGAGGGGGAGCAGGCAGAGAUGAAGCGUGGCAUCUAACCAAUACCAUGCCAGACCGGGGUGUAGAAUGACAGGCGAAGGAAGUGACUACCUCCAAACACACAAAAUCCGCCCUCAGCUUUGCCUGCUGCUUCCUCCUGUGCUGCUCGGUGCCGGACACAUGCGCUCAGGACCAAACGGCCUCAGGGCCUGCGUUUGCCCGAAGAGUAACAAAAAGUUUAUCAGCCACACCACUGUGUCGGCAGAGCUUGGGAACAGCGUGGAGGUGCCGGGAGGUGGCCUACGGGCUCGGUGGUGCCGUGCUUGUUCAAGAACAGCCCCAGGUCAGUCUUGUGGGCCAAGGAAGCUUUGGCUCUGGCUCCUUGGCGCCUGGCUGGGGAGCGGGUCCUGAACAGGGCUCUCCUCCAGCAGCCGCUGCCGGCGAGCUGGUGUGCUGGCCCUUUGGCUUCAGCCCUGCCUGACAAACACAUCGGCCUCAGAUUUCAGUCAGCUUGAAGCAGCUGGAGUCAGUAAUAACUGUGGUUUUAACAGCAUUACUGAGUUUGUGUGUUUGCUGUUUACGUUCAGAAGUCACUGGUGAAUAUAAGGCUGUAUAAACGUGUACAGUUUAGUGAUCGAUACUAGAUUAUAGUCCGUGUUAGAGGAUGGCUCAUCUCUCACUAAAUCCUGACAAUGUAUUACUAAUUUUAUACACUUUGUAAUCAGUAUCUUUAGAAAAUGUUUAGGCAACAGUGUGUGUGUGUGUGCACAUGCGCGUGGGCUAGGAGUUUACCAUAAAUGGGUAUAAAGUAAUACUGUCCUUUUUAGACUAACACUUUCAGACAAAAAUAAUAGGUUUUAUAGUUUUGAUGAUUUACAUAAAAAAGUGCAAUGCUUGUUAAAUGAGGAACUUGGGCCAUUGCAUGAACAGAUAUAUUCUCACAAGGCACCUGAAAAUACUGUUUUUCUGAGGGCUUUUAAACGAAGGCCGUAGUAAAACAAUAGGAUUUAUUUAUUUAUUAAGUGCGGGGUUGUCUUUCUCAGUUAACUAAGGUUUCUAACAACGUUUUAGUGUCUUUUGCCCAUUCAGACACAUUCCAUAGGUAGAAGGAAGCAUUGUGUAUAAACCUACAGCAUUUAUUCAUAUUUAAUCUUUCAAUUGUAAUCUGAGCGAAGAGUUGGAAAGCUCGCUCGCGUGCCUGGCCUGUCUGAGCUCCCUUCCUGGGAGGACGGGGUGGGCGGCAGCUGCACCCCCCCAAGGGGCUUCUUCCCAAGGACAGGGUGCUCCUCCCUAGCCCUCGCUGCGGUGCCAAGCCCAGGAAAGGGCACCAGGAGCCCCUGACUGGGCACGAGCUCACCAUGCUCGCCAGCCAGCGGGAGCCACCUCCUGCUCCCGUUCGGGGGCACCGGCUGUGAGCGUCGUGAAGUGCAGCGGGGUAGUUAUGACCCAGACUUACCGUAAGCUCCUGCGGUCUCGCAGGUUCCUGUCACUGUCGUCAGGAUACAUUCUUUCUUAACUGUAAGUAAUUAGCAAUAUUCACAAGCUGUGAGUUGUCUCCUACCCAGGAUUUGUUCAGAUGUCUUAAGCACAAUAAGCUGCCUCUUCCUUCUGUGGUACCCGUAACCGUCAGUGGAGCAGCCUGGUGCGGGACAGGGCUGGCGUGGGACGGCGUCUCAGCAGCCAGCGCAGCGGUGGGUUCUCACUGUGCUCCAUCACGCGCCCCAGUUCAGAAACACGCUCCUCACAGAAACGUGAUUUCUUUUCUUUGCACAAACACUGGCGUAGACGUGCUGUAAGAGACGUGCCCUGGGCUCGUUGCUCCACUCUGCCAGGGAGAGGUGUGUAUAUUUCUUCUUUAAUAAAAUACUAAACAACGGA